AUCAGUAUACAAAAAGUAGUACUUACGAAUACAGUUAGGUUCUCUGCUUUGAGCAGAAGUAGCAAAACCACAUUCCGUCCCCAUAAGACAUCGUUUACUUAACGAAAAUUCUUUAAAGACGGCCAAUUGCUCUGCGGCUUUCAGCAAGUAUUUUACAGCGUUUCCCAUCGAUUACUGGAUGAAGACUUUUGUUAAUUGACGCAAACCGUUCCCACGAAGUGCUGCAAUGAGUUCGAUACGGGAGCGCCGCCCCACUCCGGCCGUGCCGCUGCGUUCGGCCAUGGCCAAGCACCAGUGCUCGAAGACGCCAGGCUGUGUCAGGCAGAAGACGAGCAAAACCGUGCGGAUAACAACACCGGAUUACGGAUGCGGUCUAUGUCAAGUUUGCAGAAAAAUCCCCUUGAUUAACCUAAUUUUCCGAUGAUUUUCAACGCUCCCCAAUAUACUGCUUCGAUGUUUCACAGGUCUUGUCAUCGAUGAUCGUCACACAUCCGGUCGCCGUAUCCGGCCAAGAUACGCUGCCGCCCUCCACACAACCGCGAGUCAGGGCAUAGGAUGACAACUGCUCGCUCUCCACCGGCGUCGUGCUCACCUGAGUGUAGCAGGAAGUGGAGCUGUUGGAACACACACGCGAAGUCUCGGGGAUGACGUUGCAGGGAACCCGUUUCUCAUCGAGGUUAUGGAAGCCUUUGCAAUGGAAACAUUGGAGAGACCCAGAACUGUGUAUAAUAAAGAGAAUGCUGCCACGGCACUCCCGAUCGGGACGCUGAUCUUGCUGAUCUGUUUUUAUAUCCACGCAAAGUAUAGCCGCAACCAAAAAGCCGCCACCACCAGUAGCGUCGUUGACUUUUCCGCCAAUCUCGCCCAGCUCGCUGGUGAGAAUGGGGCUACCACGGUACAACAGCCGGAUUUCCAGGCCAUGCACCUGGAGGUCCAGAAACUCUUAGCCGAGGCACUAGAGAACCGCCGCUCUGCUCACCACCUCGAGGUCGACCUGGCCACCAAGAACGACCUCCACGACCAACUAGAGGUUCAUUUGAAGCGCAUCCAGUCGGACAUCCAGACGGAGCGGGCCUUCGUUCGGGCUGCCGGGAAGCGCCUGACGGCACUGCUCGAGUUAGACAAGAAACUAGAGGAUGAAGAGGAGGAACAACCUACAAUACAAGAGGGCCCCGACAUGGGCGAACUGGGGAUGGAGCUGCUGCUUAAAGUCGCCGAAGAGACCAGCGUAAAUCUGGCCAAGGUGCUGCGUAACAUCGACAAGAUUAACGCCAGUAUGAUGAAAUUGAACAGUAAGCAGUCGGAAUAUCUGGAGCAUGUGGCGGCACUGCAAAAACUGAAGGACCAACGUCACCGUUUGACCAUGGAAAUGGCACUGCUGGAGCGCAUCGCCAUCAUGCACCAGUCUGGGGUCAAUAUGGCAAGUAGACCCAGCGAGUCAGCUUUUAAGCGCGUGGGAAAAUUCUUUGCCCGCCCAAGUGGGCAGUUCUCGGAAACGAGACUGUCCGAUGAAACCAGAAGGGUGCUAAAGAGCAUCACUGCGCCGGUGCCUGGAGUCAGUUUAACCGCUCACAGUUAAAUCAUUGUUAUUUUGUAACCACUGUUAAUUUUGUGCGGCGUUGCUAACUGCACAUAAGAAACAGGAAUUUGUGAUACGUACGAAUAUGUAGCGAACUAUCAAUGAAUCUCGGUAUCCAGAUGAGAAAUCACAAAGCCAUAAUUUCUUAGACGGAUUUGUUAAACAGGAUAAUUUUGUGAACUGUAACAAACGUGACUAAAAGAGCAGCUGGUAUAAAGAAAGUUACAUAAAAAUAUAACUGUGCUAU